AUCAAGGCGAUCAAUAACGCCUUCUUUCGCGCGGCGCUCCAUGGGAAGACAAGUGUGGUUGAAUUUCUGCUUGGUACGGGUCACAUUGACUCCGAGACAUUUGACAAGGGCUUUGAGGGUGCUGCGGGGUCGACAGGAGGAAUUCAACUGGAGACGACUCUCUUCCUCUACGACACGCGUCGUGCGUCGUCGCAAUUGCUGAACAAAAACGGCCAUACAAAUAUCUCGGAAGAAUCGAUUACCGCUGCUUUCAAGCGGGCUGCUGGUUGCGUGAACAGUGCUAAUGUUUUCGAGUCUGACCACCCCAAAAUCGUGAUGGUGUUAUGUGCGGAUACACGUAUUCCUCUAGAGAUUCUUAACGAGGCCUUCGUAAUUGCGGCCCGGGAAGACCGCAGUGAUGUCGUGAAGUGUAUGCGGGACGAUCCUCGGAUUUCUUCCGAGUCCGUGGGCGAGGCUUUUGCUGCCGCUGCGGGCAGCGGUAACCUCGAGAUGAUGGAGAGUCUAUACGAUGUGGAGCGGGUU